GAUAGAGAUUCCCUCUCUCUCUAUUUCUUUCUACAAAAUCUCAUUUCUCAAUUAGACUUCUUAACGACUUCAAAACACUCCCCACUAAUUACCAAAAAUUAUUUUCCCCCAAAGAAAAUCCAAAAGCCUUUGACUGAUAAAUCCCAGGAAAAUCUCUGGUUUUUCCUUUCAAUACCACCAAACCCAUCUGAAUAUUUCUUGUGUUCAUCGAGGGCUCUCAUUUCUUCAGAAUUUCAAAAAAUGGGUAUCGCAGAUCUUCGUCUCAAGCUCAAGGCGUUUCGAUUGGGAAGGUUUCUGACGAGGAAGAAGAGGCGGCCGUCGGCGGUGAAUAUGCCGUCGUGGAUGGCGCCGGUAAACCACGGCUACCACGUCAUCGACGAUCAGUCGUAUUCGAGUAUUUUGGAAGAAGAAUCGAAUUACGACUCUGUUGUGGUGCAGAGAGAGCAGAUUGAAGGGAUUGAAUUGUGGUUUUUUGGGGUUUUUGAUCCUCAAAUUGGCGACAAAGUCCUCAAAUUCAUGCAAUCAAAUUUCUUUGACAAGAAGUUUAAUGAGUCUCAGGUAAAAGCGAAGGGGAGGGAAGCAAUGAAGAAAGCACAUCUGAGUGCAAGAACAAAGGAAAACAAGGAGUUGUGGAAGAAAAUGGGAUCAGCUUCGGCUUUGGUAAUAGAUGGAGAGAGGCUGGUGAUUGCUAGCAUGGGGGACUAUAAAGCCGUUUUGUGUGAAGAUGGUAUUGCUCAUCAAAUAAGCUGCGAUCGACAUCAAACCGACCAACGUUGGCCUCGUAAACUAAUACCUGGAAUGAAGCCUCGAAAAAGCUUGGUUGCAGUUGAAAAAAUCAAAUUCAACUCUGAAACCGAAUUUGUGAUUUUAGGGAGCUGUGGCAUAUGGGAGGUGGUGAAGAAUCAAGAGGCUGUCAAUCUGAUAAGACAUAUAGAAGACCCACAUGCAGCAGCAGAGUGCUUGGCCAAGGAAGCUUUCAACAGAAUGAGCAAAAGUAGCAUUUCUUGUCUAGUCAUUCGAUUUGACUAAUUUAAUUCCUAAUCCUUUUUUUCUCCGUCAUCUACUUUCUUUCUAAUCUGUUGACAAAUUUGGGCUAUAAAGGCUAUGGUGUACAUAUGAGCCAUAUGAUAAUUUUUUUUUUUCUUUUCUGUAAUAGUUUCUUGGGUUGAAUUACAUCUUUCAUAAGUUCUCAUCCAGAAACAUUAAA